ACAGGACAAAAUUAAUAUUCACCGAAGCAUAAUAUAGUAUUCCUUAAGAGUUAAAGUUUUCCACCAACCAAAGAAAAACAUGGAGAUUGAUCUCUCAAGAGUCAACCUCAGGCCGUUCGAACUAAAGGACGCUCAUGAUUUCCUGAGAUGGGCCGGAGAUGAUCGAGUGACCGGAAAUCUCCGUUGGCCGGCUUUUACAUCGGAGGAGGAAGCUUUGGUCUUCAUUCGAGAUGUAUGUGUGCCGCAUCCAUGGCGACGUUCCAUAUGUAUCGAUGGGCGUUCGAUCGGGUUCAUCUCAAUCUUCCCUGAGACCGGUGAUGAUAGAUUCAAAGCGCAUAUUGGGUAUGGAUUAUGUCACGAGUAUUGGGGAAAGGGGGUAACAACAAUGGCAGUGUCAGUUGCGGUAUCACAAGUGUUCAAUGACUUGCCUCAUGUUUUCAGGCUCCAAGCUUUUGUUCAAACUCAAAACAAAGCAUCCCAAAGAGUUCUUGAGAAGGUUGGUUUUCAAAGAGAGGGUCUGCUCAGGAGUUACACUUUUCUCAAAGGUAAAAUCUAUGAUGUGUUUGUUUAUAGUCUCUUGUCCUCUGAUCUUCUUCCUCUUCCACAAUCCGCAAGCCAUAUUGUCUAGUGUUAAUAUGGGUUUGUGAAAUGAUAAUUGACAAGAAAAAUAAAAUAAAGAGUAAACUAUGUUUUAUAAGAAUUUAAUUUA